GGGGGUGAAGAGGAUCUCAGUCAGAGAAGGUCGGCUCAAAGCAACUCUCUUCCUCCCUCCUGAAACCUGAUUGUUGCAAUAAGUGGGCACCAACUUUUAGAAAACCCUGCCUUAAAUCCCUUGGCAAUGCAAGUCUGGACUGCUUCUAAUGGACUGCAGAAAGAGCAUGUUGCUUUAGCUUCAGGAACGUUCCAAUGGAGCAUGCACUGACUGUUGGAAAGUGGGGCAGGAUGGUGAUAUUUUCUAUUGAAAGAUGUAUUUUAAAAAACAUAUCUUUGUGGUGCAUCCAUCAAACUACAACUGGCUGCAACUUUUUGGUGGAUAUACAGAUUCCUGUGCAUUUUAUGGGAAUGGUGCAAAAUUCUCCUGAUGAGAUGGCAUUCCUGGAAGACAGACCCUUCUGCUACACAUAACAAGUAGGGAGUGAUCUCUUCAUGGGUCAAAGCAAGCACGGAUCACAGAAUUAAGGAGGUUCUAGCUGGAAGGUGACUUAGUAUAAUGGGGCAGAAUGUAAUUUUUCUGGGAAGCAGAUGAGUAUCUAUGCCCUGUAAGGACAGUAUCUCCUAGCUGGGGUCCUGAGUUCUCCAUUGCAAGAUUCCAUGCAAGGUGAAGUCUUGAACACCAUCACUAGGAUUUUUGACCAUGAAUCUACUAUAAGACCAGAUCUCAUGCUUGCUGAAAGGCUCCCAAUUUAAAUCACUGGACCUUUUUACAUGUGUAAAAUAUGAGAUUGGUGACAGAGUGAUCAGCAUCUUACAGAAAUGAAUGCCCAAGCUGCCUCCAGUCCCUACCCAGUCCUGUCCCAUGGACAACAGUGGAAUGAGCAAUGGCAGUGUCACUGAAGGAUGGAGCCAGUGAGUCACAGAUUAUGUUCAUUUUCCUAACCCAACCACUGAACUGAAGAAUGCAGCAGCUGAUUUACAAGGCAAGGAGAAAGUGGCUGUCGUCUUCCAUUGUCACUGCCUGGUGCAAUGAACCAUCUUUGCAAAGCUGUGCAGUCCUCCACCUCUAUCCCCUCAGUGAUGUAGCUGCAUCUAGCCCUGGAAAGAUCCAUCACUCAGCUCUACUUAACAGCUUUUAUGAGAUAAAUAAACAAAUGUUCUCAAACAAAAUCUUAGCAGAUAACUAUUCCAGUAAUUACUAUCCUUGCUUGAGAAGCCUUUGGGAUCAGCGAUGGAAAGACUCUGAAGACAACGCUGCACUGAGUGCAUUCUUUGUACAUCAAAGCCAAGACAUGUUUGUAUGAAAUUUUGUUGUGCUGUUGCCGUUGCUGGGAUAAAUAAUGAGCACCACCCAAUGAGUCUUCAGUACCUUUUGUAAACUCUGUCCCACUUAGCUUCUCAGUUUAUGCCAGCAGUAAGAUGAUACAAAUGGCAGCCAUUUAGAGUUGCUGUCACACUACUGCUUGGUUUUUGGCAGCUUAACUGUGACUGUGAGUAGCUUUUUGCAAGGGGCUGUUAAUGGGCAGCCCACUGGCUUGCGUGUCAUGGGGAGCCCACCAGCCAAGAUGAAGGUUUGUCCCAUCCACAUGCUUUCUGUAAGAGUCAUACAAGCCAAGAACAUCAAAUCAAGAGACCUGUUGACUGCAUCAGACUGCUAUGUGCGCUUGUGGCUGCCAUCUGCUUCAAAUGAAAAGCUUCAGACCAAAACCAUCAAGAAUUCUGAUGACCCUGUCUGGAAUGAGACUUUCUACUUUAGGAUCCAGAGUGAAGUUGAGAACAUCUUAGAAUUGGCAGUGUGUGAUGAAGAUCCUCUCACCAAAGAUGACAUGCAGUUCACAGUUCUUUUUAACGUUGCUAGAGUCAAACCUGGAAAGACAGUCCGUGAGACAUUUGCUUUGAAAUCAGAGAAAGAGAGGUGUUCUAAGAAAUGGGAAUAUUUGGAAGUGGAAUUCAAGAUGGAAAAAAUUCCUGGCCCUCCAGAGCACCUCAUUACCAAUGAUGUACUAGUGUCCCGUGAAGUUUGCUGCUUGGAAGUGCAAGUGGACAAAAAUGAAAGCAAGAAAUAUUUGAAAGAGGGCAAAAAUGUCAUGCUUAUGGUUCCUGCAUCUCAUGAAGGAACACAGAAGACUACAGAGGACACAGAUACUUUCUACUUCCAUUGCGUGAAAGCUUGGGAGCCAGUGCUAAAAGUCAGGCUGCAGAAAGUUUCUGAUAAGGAAUGUGACAAAAGCGAUUUAAGUGAGACCUUAACAGUACCACUGAAAUUUCUCCCUGUUGGACAUAAAGUGAAAAUAGCCCUCCCUGUAAGAAAUAAUGUGCCACUGCAGUUGUACCUUGAACUAAAUGAUUGCACAGAAAAACUAGAUGUGCGCUUGGGGUAUAAUCUGUGCCCAGAAGAACACAAAUUCUUGCAAAAAAGGAAGAGAGUGGUUGCCAAUGCCCUGAAAAAGGUUUUUCAUCUGGAAAGAGGUCUACAUGAACAUGAGGUCCCAGUAAUAGCUGUUAUGGCAACGGGUGGAGGCCUCAGAGCAAUGUCAGCAAUGUUUGGCCACCUCUUAGCUCUUCAGAAGCUAAAUCUGUUGGACUGUGUUACCUAUCUCACUGGGGCGUCUGGCUCAACAUGGACACUAGCAGACCUGUAUGAGCAUGCUGAUUGGUCACAGAAGACUCUGGAAGGGCCACUCAAGGCAGUAAAAGAACAAGUGACAAAAUGCAAGCUCAACAUUAUGUCUAUGGAGCAUCUGAAGUAUUAUCACAAGGAGCUAAUUGAAAGGGCAAAAGAAGGACACAUCUCAUCUUUUACAACCCUGUGGUCGCUUGUUCAGGAAAUGUUCUUACAUGAUGAGCCAAGGAAGUGCAAACUCACAGACCAGCGCAAGGCAUUGGAGCAUGGCCAAAACCCAUUGCCUUUCUAUAUGGUCCUCAAUGUAAAAGAGGAAAAGUUCAGCACUUUCAAAUUUAGAGAAUGGACAGCAUUUUCUCCUUAUGAGGUGGCCAUACCAAAAUAUGGAGCCUCCAUUCCUUCAGAAUUUUUUGACAGUGAGUUCUUCAUGGGAAGGCGAGUGAAGAAGUUACCAGAAUCUCAGAUCUGCUAUCUGGAAGGUCUUUGGACAAACAUCUUUACUAGGAAUUUGCUGGAUGGCUUGUACUGGUCUUCAAAUUCAAAUGAAUUCUGGGAACGAUGGGCCAAAGAUAUGGUAGAUACAGAGAAACAUUCCCCUGAGGAUGAUAUCACUGUCAUCGAGCCUCCAUCUUGUUUGUCAGGGAAAUUGUAUGAAAUGUUUCAGGACAUUAUGACAAAGCGUCCACUGCUGGGAAAGACUCAUAACUUCCUGAGAGGCUUGGAAUUUCAUAAGGAUUAUAUCCACCAGAAAGAAUUUACUGAAUGGCAAGACACUGUGCUGGACUCUUUCCCUAACACUCUGACACCGCUGGAGAAGUAUCUUUGCCUGAUAGAUGUUGGUUAUUUCAUUAACACCAGUGGUGCACCACUCUUCAAGCCAGAGAGGAAUGUGGAUGUCAUUAUCUCACUUGAUUACAGUUUGGGAAAUGUGUUCAAGCAAUUAGAGAUGACAUAUAAAUAUUGCAAGAUACAAGGAAUCCCAUUCCCCAAAGUGGAGCUAAGUAAAGAAGAAGAGAAGAACCCAAAGGAGUGUUACGUGUUUUCGGAUGCGGAGGACCCCAGAGCACCUAUAGUGAUCCAUUUUCCCCUGGUAAAUGAUACGUUUAAGGAAUUUGAGGAACCUGGGGUAAAGCGCUGUCAUACGCAGAUGGAAGAGGGCAACGUAAAUCUGGAGAACAACUGCUCACCCUAUUACCUUGUUAGGCUAAUCUACUCCUCUGAAAAUUUUGAUAAACUGGUGAACCUGAGCAGGUACAACAUCCUCAAUAACAAAGACCUGCUCCUCCAGGCAAUCCGGAGUGCCGUAGAACGGAGGAGAGGCAGCAGGGCCGGGAACCUGCCCAGCCACUCUGGAGCUGAAUACGCCUAGGCUGGGCUUUUGCACUGUUUUCCCACUGAAGGCUAUGGCAGUCGCAUUACAACGCAUCCCAGUGUUCAUUAUUUGCACGAAACUGAAGAACCUGUACAUUUCUCAUCGUGCCUUGUUCAAGUUCCUAGCUUUCAAAAGGGCUUAUUUAACACCCUCCCCCCCCCCCCCCAACCCUGCCCCGGCCAAGUUUUCAGACCAUGACAGCAUCACACUGAUCUUAUUUGUCAAGAAAUUGGGUCCUGAUUAACAGAUCUUCCAGGAACUCCCUGGUGUUAUAAAAAAAAUGGUGGUAGUGAUAGUAAUAGUUCUUUGUAUGCCUCUGUUUCCUCCCUACUGAGCCCAUUAUAAGUGACUUUUGGAUGAUUCAUUGCAAACCAAGUCCUGGCCAUUUGCAUUCAGUCAUGUCCAGAUUUUCAGAUAGGCUGAGCAACUAGAUUUGCACUGAAUUGGUGGGCUCAGCUCUGAAAUCAGGCCAAAGAGUCACAUAUAUUUGUGAACAGUGGCCAAACUGCAACGUGGACAAUUACAUUCUGUCUGGCUAAUUUUCCUUGCUGAAUUAGAAACUGUUCCUUUAUUCCAUUGCCUUAAAAGAGUUUGGCACAGAAACGCUGCUCUAGACUGCUGCUAAGGGGGCAGUUACAUCUCAAGGAAAGAUGACGUCCGCUGCAGGGAGUGAGUACAGUUAUUCUGAGUGCUGGCAGGAGGAAAAGUUCUGCAUAAUGCAUGAGAGAUUAUAGUGAUUUAUACUGGGUAUUGCCUUUACGAAUUAAAAUGUCAGAAGCCUGAAACCAGCUUUUGACACCAGAAACUCCAGGGGAGUCAUCAUCUUAGGCACAGGUACAUUUAAUUUAAUAAUAAUGACUGAGAUAUAAGCUAGUGCUCCUUUCUUAUGCAUAUGAACUCUGAAUGUAGGGUAAAAUAACUCACUCAUACAAUGCUGAGUGUAUAGCCAUUGUAUUUUCACACUCAGAAGAUUUUUUUCCCCUUACAGUCUUCUAACCCUAACAUCAUAGGCAAGGUAUUUUUUAAUGGGUGCUACACUAAAAUAGUAGAACACAGAUUAAAAAAAAAAAGGAAUUCUUUUUCACACCUCUUGGCUGGAGAAAAAUGUUCAGGGAAAAUGAUGCCUGGUUUUCAUUUGCUUUGGAGUGCAGCGAGAGACGUUACUUUGAGCUAGGAGCUUGGAAUAUCUUUAUAGCCCUCUGCUAUAUUAAAAAAAAAAAGAGUAGGGAAGGCUGCUGAGCAGUAUGAAACAGAUCAUCAUCUGGUGCAAACCAACAGAGCUCCACAGAAGUCAAAGAUACCUUGCUUUAUAGCACCAAAGGAUUUGGACUUGCCUCAGGCACAUUCACUGGGACCUCCAAGGAAAAUCUUACACAUUUCGAAUGUACUGGAAAUUUGCCUGGCAUCUAGAAUUAGUUUUACUUGAAAAUUAGAUAAAGAGAAAUACGGGUCUGCCUUUUUGGUAUAUACAGACCAUAGUAAAGGUCAGAGGGAGAACAUUUAGAGAAGGCUUCAUUGCCUUAACCCUGCGUCCACUAAAUGCUGUCUUCUGCUGCAAGUAAAGGCAAUGAAUAAGACAGAAGCCGCCUCAGGAAUAUUCCGAAUAUUGUGUGUAUAAUUCAUAUUUACUGAGUUAAGCAGUACUGCGAGGAGUUUUAACAGCUGUGAAUGCCGUUGUAUAACUGAAUUCAGGCCAUGAGAUGGUAAGAACCAAUCGGACAUUGGCUGCAGGAAAAAUUAAAAAGCCAUUCUGAGUUGAACAGUAGUAGGAUGGCAGCAGGCUGCUGUCGCAGAUGAGAGUUGUACAGCAGGGGCAGGUGUCUGCGUGUACAGACAGGCGGCUGUGUGCAGGCACAAGCACAGGGUGCAGGCUGUUCUCAUGCUCUUCCGGUUGAUCUCAUAGAGAAACCCCUUCACCUUACCUGUUUGCACAGGACGCAAACCGCUUCCAGCUCGGCUGGGACGAGCCACGCGCCCCCUCCCGUGGCCCGGCGCCCCCCGCUUCAGCAGCGUCCCACGCUCAGCGCCGCAGCUACUUUGCCUCGUGCCACCGGUGAGCAGAUGGGGACGGGCAGGGAGCGAGUGAGGCUGCCGUGCGACCCGUCCCCGUGCCCUCACUGUGGGGCACGCUUGGGCCACCGAAUUACUGCCUGCCUCUUCCAGCGCUAUGUUAUUACACAGAAGGUGCAAAGGGCUGAGCUGAGGGACGGCUGGGGCUGACGCGCUUGCGGGGAGUUGCAGGAAUAGCGCCCCUUUUCACAGCAGUGCUCAAAGGCCUUUGGUCAGUGAGGGACACUGGUGGCCUCCACGAGACACAGCUGGGGUUUCUUUUGACCUUGAACCAGGAUCUAACCGAAGCUGGGAGACUUGGCCUUCAGGAAGAAAGAUUCAGAAUAAAAAAAAAAAAAAAAAAACCAAAAAAACCCCAUAAAUACAACCAAUCCUAUACGAAAUAGAUCGUCAGUGAAGUUUUGUAACUGUCUUCUGUUUAUGCCUCAGCCAUAUCAGUAAGACAAAUACUGUUUUACCUCAUCCACCUAAUUUUUAUACUCUGUUGCUGCAAAAAGAAUAUCCCUAUUUAUUUCAUUCAUAGACUAGAGUGAAUGCUCCUUAACACUCAUGGACCUUGCAAGCAUGUGCUUGGCUGCAAGUCACCUCACAUGCAUUGAGAAAAUCAGGUCUCUUUAAAUGCUCUACAAACCAGGAUCUGGGGUUUGUUUGGUGCAUUCAUAAUGCUGCUAAUGCAAACAGAAAUGCCCAGUAAAAUGUGAAAGGGCCAAAACAAACAGGGUUUUCAAGAAACCCACACAGGUCAGUGGAGAAUAACUUUCCUGAGGGACUGUUAAACCCCAUUAUAAAGCAAAUAGAGGUGGCUGUAAGAGCAAGGUAGGAAAGUGCUGUAAUACUCCCUUUAUCCAGGAGAACUGUCACCUGAGGCUGUGCCUACACUGAGAAAUAAAGUGGGACUGGGUGCUGCUGUUUGAUCUUGCAGACAAGAGGCACAGACUGGUCACAUCCAUUCACAGGUCCCUUGGCCUCCUCAGGCCCUGUGUGGUACCCUUGUAACCUUAAGAGAUAAUACAUAUUUUUUUACAUGUUUUUGCAUUUCAAGGAGUCUGAAAUUAUGUGAGGGCUGUAUCAUUGCCCAUCAGAGUGUGUGUGGUUUGUUUUUUCUUUUUUGUCUUUAUUUUUGGGUAGCAUGAAGCUGAAGAAAUUAUGUUCUUGGCCUGAUGGUACAGUAGGAGGACCUGAGGGUGUCUGUGCAAGCAAAGCCUGCCAAGACAGUGCUGGAGGACUCUGCAAGGUGGAGGGAACUUGCCCUGGCACAGUCCCGUACACGCAGCUUCUUGGGAGGUUGUGGCUAGCACAUGCUGUCUCCCAAACGGCUCCUGCCUACUGUUUCAGUGAAUGUUUUCAUGCGAAUUUGCACAGCCCAAAUCCCACAAAACUAUGGAGCAUAGUUACAGUGAAGAAGUAGGGAUGAUCAGAGACCAGUGCUCAGGUCUACUCCUUGGUCCUGUUUUCUUUAGCAGUAUAUACGGAGUCUUAGGGAAUGGAUCACUGAAAUAUUGUGUACUUGUUCCUCAAAUAUUGUGUGUUUGUUCCUUACCCUGUUUCUUGUCUGGCCUUAUGCCAUGUGCUGUCAAAGGACUUUGACUGGAAGGAAUGAAAAACAAAGCAGGUACUGCGAGGAGAAAGCUACCUCUCAGCAUCUUGCCAUGAGAAGGGAUGUGUGACAAGGCACGUGGCAUGCUUCUGAGCAGGUCCGUGCUGCUCUGAAGGAUUCAUGUCUGCUUAACUGCUGAAGGUGAAUUCACAUAUGCAAAAAACUCACCCAAAAUGCACCCAGAUCUCUGCUCUCAGAUGGACAUUCUUCUGGAAAACCCACACAAAUCUAGAGCUUGCUAUCUGCUGCCAAAUGCAGAGGAAACAAAAGUUUUCCUCUCUCUUACCUACUCUAUAGAAAUUGCUUGUAUCUUUUAACUGUUUAAUAAUACAAUCUUUAAAAAUAAAAUAUUGCAAAAGGA